UCAAACUGGUACGACUGGGGACGGUGGGUUGCGCUGGGAGUAAUCGUCGGAUGCGCCAUACUCCUCGCAUUCCUCUUCUCGUGCAUCACCAACCGCCGCCGCCGUGCCCAUGGUCUUCCGCCUAUGUACGGGACGGGCUGGAUGGCAGGAAAGCCUCCAGCAGGACAGCAGAAUGGGAACGUGCAUUACUACCCGAAUCAACCCUACUACGCCGCCCCAAUGCCCGCACCACCCUAUAGUCCUCCGGUUGCCUAUCAACAGACAGGCAACACCUUCAACAGCAACGACGGGUACUAUGGCGCUCCGUAUGCGCACGGUGGCAUUGAACUGCAACCGCCUCAGAAUGUAUAUUCACCACAGCGGGGAGGGGACCCGGUCUACAGUCCUCCCCCGGGACCGCCUCCGGGAAAGGAGGGCCAAGGUGCUACGUUUCGAUGA